AUUAUUUCGUUUAAUCGAUGUUAAGAAUAUUGACCAUUGAUUUUUCAAAUUUUUAUUAUGGAUCGUAAUUACCCAAAUCCUUUUCGUAAACAAAUAAAAUUUUAUGGAACCCCGUAUGCAAAAUUAACUAACAAGGUCUCACUUUGGGUCUCCCUCGUAUGUACUGGCAUAUUUGUCGCAUCUUUGGCAGGAUUAUAUUAUUUUGAUUAUAAACCUGGUAAAAAGGAUUUAAUUUAUCUUCCUCUAUUAAAUCGUGAUCCUAAAAUAGUUGAUUAUGCCAAAUUUGGUCUUGAACCUCCUUCCCAAAAUGAAAAUUAAAAAUUUAUGAUUAUUAUAUUAUGAAUAAAGAUAUUUUAUACGAAAAUGAUCAUUAUAUUGCAAUACAACUAAAUAAAAGAGAACAAGAAAAAUUAAAUGAAGAAAAAUUAUCAGAAAAACUAUUCUAUGCAUGUAAUAUAUGCUCAAAAGAUUUGUCACAUAUGGGUUCUACAUUUAGAUAUGAUCAUAUUCAAAAGUGCCUAAAUUUAUAUCAUGUUAAAGAUGUGCAAAAAUUAAAAGAUUUGGAACAAGAUUAUUACACUUGUCCAAUAUGUGGAAUCAAUACAAACAAGUGCCAAAGUUCUUUAUUAAAGCAUAUAAAAAUUUGUUCUAAAACUCUAUGUAUCAAAUCCAACCAACUGAUACCAUUGAUUCAAUUAAAAAAAGAUGAACAACAAAAUCUACAAAUUCAAAUUGACAAUGCUAAAAAAGGAAUAUAUAUAUCCCCAACCAAACAGAAAUUAUCCACAAACAACAUUAAAAACGCCAAAAAAUUGAAAUUAUCUAAAAACCAUUCGGAUUAUCAACUUCAAUUAGCUCUCACUCUUUCCAAAUCUCAAUACGAGCAUUUAAAUUCUUUUCAGAAUAUCAGUGCCCGCGAAAAAAAAUCCAAGGAAAAUAAUAAUUUUUUAUUAAAAAAUAUAUCAAAAACCAGCGUAGUGAAUUACCCUCAACAACAGAGACUCAUAACAUCAAGAUUGAACGAUAUAAUUGAGAAAUCUAUCAUAUUUAAUGGCGGAAAUAAUGUACACAAUAAUAAAAACAAUACCAAUAAUAAUGUAGCUUACUUGUGGGACCUGUCAUCAUUAUCUGACGAAGCUAUUUUAGUUACAAAUCAUAACUCAAAUUCCAAUAAUAAUAUAUAUACUAUAAAUAUGUUGAAAAAUAAAAUUAUAUUUACAGAUAUUUUGUAAUUAUUUUGGCAUUUAAUUAAGAUAAAUUUUGUUUACUCAUUCAUGUCCCAGAGAAAUAAUUUUUAUACUUGUAUAAACUUAUCGGACGAGGAUGAUACAAUAGCAGACGAUAAUAUUAUAGAUAGCAAAACAGUUGAUGAUAAAUUAAUUACCAAGGAAAAUUGUUAUAUUAAAAAUAUUCCAGAAAUGCUAAGUGUUAAAAAUACUGAUAAUUCUUUGGAACAUUUCAAAACAAAAUCUAUGAAAAUGGGGAAAAACUUUCAUAACAUUAUUCAAGAAAAAAACAAUAAUAUCGACAUUAUUUGUGAUAAAGUUUUAGAUCAUGAUAAAAUCAAAUCUUUUAGCAGUUUAUUUAAUUUUUCUUUGCCACUAUUAGAUGAUACUAAUGAUGAUAAUGUGAUCCAACCACAAGGAUCAAUAUUUAAAGGUGUUAAAGCAGCAGAAGUUUUUAAUUCAAAACGGGAUAAAUUACACAUUCGUGAUAAUAAAUUUGAUUUUAUCGAAGAAAAUAAAAUAGAUUUAAAUAGCAAAUCAUCCGACAUUUCUUUGCUUGGUGAAGAUAAAAAAAUAUGUUUAGCCUUAAAUAACACGAGAACCAUUGAUUUGGUAGAAAUUGAGGAUGAAAGUACUGAUAAUGUAAUUCCGUCAAUUGUAGACUGUUUCAAAGUGAAUGAAAAUUUGUUACUUACGAUGCCAACAAAUAUUUAUGCAAAUUCCCUUAACCAAGAAAAACACCUAUUCGGUAAUAAAAAUAGCCCCUCUGCUGACUAUAAAUUCAUAGCUUCUACCCCUAAAAUUAAUAGAAUAAAUAUUUCAAAAAACCUUAUAAGGACCGAUAUAGUUGGCAUUUCAUGCGAUAUACCUUCACCCAAAGAUGCUCUUAAAACUACUCAAAAUAUGGAUAAAAUUAACGAUGACAUUUUUAAAGAAAAAGAAGUAAUACAUUCACGAUUUAGCGAAACUCUUCCUAAAAAUGGCAAAAUAUUGGCCGAAGAUUCAGAUAUCGCUAUAAUUGAUCUGCAAAUGGAUGGAUCGCAUCUUCUAUAUGAUCAUAACAAAUUAUAUGCUCCUAAAUAUAAUAAUGGCGUGGGAGAAAUACGUGCCAAUGCAGAUCCAAAUUUGAUUAAGCCUUUUGGUGAUAAGUUUUGCUUGCCCGAUUUAUCAACUGAAUCUAUAAAAUUAGGGAAAAUAUUUAACUAUGAUCAAUCCUUACAACGCGAUAAUUUAACGGAAACGAUUGACAAAACGAAUAAUAAAUAUAUGAUAGAAAAUGACUUAAAUCUUAAUUUAGACCCUACACCUUUUAACAACAAUUCAGUAAUUAUCUUGGGAGAUUGUUAUCAAAGACCAACUUAUCGUGACUUAGGUACAAAUACGAAUACCAGCAGCCCAAUUACUAAAAGACGGAAUUUUAUUGAGACCACCCCAACUAAAAAUGUAACUUUAAAAAAAUCCCCUAGCGAAAUAAUGGAUCUUAAAAGUCAUCCGGGAGGUAAUUUGUCAAAAAAGUCAUCAAAUUUUUUAUCACCUAUCGAAAAAACGGCACUUCCAUUUACACAUUGCACCAAGAUCACGACCCCAAAAAAACGCAUUCAUAAAAAUACAGAUUCUUCCAUCAAAGAUAAAAACUCGAAGGUUAAUUCAAAGAUUAAAUCUCCACAAAGGAUUGGUCGCAAAGAGUAUCACGUAAAAUGUUUGGGUCUCUCCACGCCUCAAUUAAUUAAGGAGGCCUCUAAAUACGGCGUUAAAAAGUUUUCCCGAAAUAAAUUGUGUACCAUUUUGACUUAUAUUUAUUGCCACAUGGAUGGGGAACCAACAUUCGAACGAAUCGAGGGUGUUUUCCCACGUGAAGACGAAGUGUCAGGCAGAAACGCUGCAUAUGGAAAGUCAAAACGGAAAGGUGGAAAACGGAUUAUUAGCGAAGAGAGAAAGACGAGUAAGGAAUCUAGAAAGCGUGCCAGGAAAUCGCUAAAUUUAUAUCAAAAUACCGAAGCAGCUGUUCCUGAAAUUGAUGUGAUGAGAGGCGAAAAUUUAUCUCGUGAGAAUUCACACGAGGUGCCAAAUUUAUCGGAUGUUAGCGGAAUUUUCAUGUCACCCAUGAAACAUUUAGAAAGGGAAACGGAAAUGGAUAUUAACCAUUGCGAAAGAGCUGCUAUUGGCUCGGAGAUUAUUUCUAACAGUAUUGAUAAUUCUUGGACAAAUGAGAGAUCUGUUAUUGAGGAACCGGAUGAAUUAUUGAGUCUUAUGCAAAGGAUUAAAGGCAAAACCUUAAAUAUUGACAACACCGAUUUGGGCACAAAUGUUCCACAAAUGGACAGUAAAUUAUCCGGCGAAUCCGAGACAAAUGCUCAUAUCGAAAAUGAUGAACUAAAUUUUUCUACUCAAAAAGGUGCUAAAUUAAAAACGCGGAGGAUCGAUGUAACCGAUCAAGUAAUACGAGAUUAUAUUAAGUACGAUCCUAUUGUGCAUAGCCAAAUAUUAUCAUAUCAGCCUAUCCUUUUUGAUACUCUCUUAAAUGGGUUAAACAACCAAUACCUGCCCAGUUUGACUCGCAUUGAAGUUUCACCCCUUGCUUUGUCUCACGAUAAUUGUCAAUCAAUCCAAACUAAUAAAAAUAGCGUAAUAAAUAAUUUAAAAAAAUGCGAAGAUCCUAUUAUUGGGCAAUCAGAUAGCAACAGAGAGUUUAGUUAUAUAGAAAUUGAUACAACAUUACCUUUAUCAAGUGAUGACGUUAAACCCCCUUGCCCAAAUAUAACCGAUAAAAUAGAUAAUAUUAUUUACUCUUACAAAAAAUGUCCCAAAAAAAGAUUGGUAAAAUUUUUGGAUCUUCAUUGCAUAACGUUUCAGUUUAACCCAUUGAAUGCAGACUGGAAUCAUAAGGUCAGAAAACGAAAAAAACGUUGAAAAUAAAUUUUAAUUAAAAAAUUAUAUAUCAAUAAAAUCAAAUUAUACCAAUAAAAAUUAUAAAUUAUUUGUUUUUAUUAAUAUUUUAUAACUCAU